AUGCCAACUGCUACGACUCGCGCAAUGUGGGUGUGGGAAUCCUGGUCGACGCUUCAGGUCAAGGAAAACGUGGCACCGUUCCUGGACUUUUUCCAACGGCCGUUCGGCCACACCGAAUACGCCUACAAUCGCAUUCUCCUGUCUCCUGGCGCGGCAGCGCUCGUCACAGACCAAGCUGCGCUGCGGUAUUUUAUCUCUCAGGCGCACCUCCGAGGCAUUGCUGUCGAGUACCUCGAUGGCCAGAACACUUGGGCCCAGGAUGGCGGCAAGGCCGUCGCCAAGGCGUUGUGCAACACGGUGCUGAGCUUUAACACUGGCACGACGACGCAGGAAGACGACUUUGACGGCAUCCACCUCGACAUUGAGCCGCACACGCUGGGUGCCAUUUGGCGCCAGAACACAGGCGCCGGCAAGGACGAGUACAACGACAACCUCGAGGACAACAUUAUGGAGGUCUAUGCCUCCUGCCGCGCCAGCAUUACCGCACAAGAUCCCAAGGUCACUCUUGCUGGCGACUUUGGUGACGACUAUAGCUACCAUGCGACCGAUCUCUGGGGCGACAUCAUGUCCCAGAAGGUCCACGACUACGUCGCCAUCAUGAACUACUACGACGACCAAGCCAGCUUCAUUAAUGGCGAGGACGGCAUUGGUGGCCUGGUUCAGAAUUUGAAAAACUCCAAACUGCCGCUUCUCUUUGGAGCAGAGACCAUCAUGCCCCCUUAUGCUCCCGACAAGUCGUCGUUCUGGCAGGAGGGCUACGGCCACAUCGAGAAGCUGUUCCAGAACGUCUAUCCCACGUACCGCAGCUCUGCCAAGUUUGCAGGUUUUGCCACCCAUCACUACAACUCUUACAAGCUAAUGUCGUAUGACCUGGUGGGAACGCUUGGCCAGGAAGCCUUCCCAGGAGGCGCCCCGUACGGUCCUGGCUCUGGCGCAGCCACGCGUUCUGCUUCGGCUGCCUCGAUUGCGUCCAAGCGGUCUGCGUCAGUCGCCUCAACGCGCUCUGCAUCGGCAGCCUCGAUUGCCUCAGCCAGAUCUGCGUCGGGUGCGUCAAUCGCCUCUGCAUCGGCUGCUUCGACCGCUUCGACCAGAUCUGCAUCAGUUGCGUUCGUUGCGUCAGCAGCGACCAAGGCAUCCAUCGCCUCGGCUGCUUCAGUCGCGUCCACGCGAACUGCGUCGGUCAUGCCACCAAAGGACCCCACUUACCAGAAGGCUGUUGAACUGCCGUACUCGCAUUCGGCUCGAUCUCACGACGAGGAGGACGUCCCACCCGACGCCUCGGCCGCUCGAACACAGCCAGAACCGCUGUGCCAAGUCAUCUCGACGAGUUCUUCCGAGAUGGCCGACGAUCACGCAGACGCGUCUGUUCCCAUUGGCGAUUCUCGUCGCCUAUGUGAAUGCUUGACCAUUGUGAAGCACCUGGCAAGUGGCAGCUUCAGCGAUGUCGCGUUGGGCGAAGUCUCGUUCAGCGUGUUGCCCCCACGAGCCCAAGCCCUGCUUGAGCCAACAGUCUCUGAAACGGUGCAAGUUGCAGUCAAGUGUCUCAUGUCCGACCCCGACGAGAAAUCCCGCCAAGACUUUGUCAGCGAAGCGAAAUUGAUGGCGUCGUUCACGCAUCCGAACGUCGUCCACCUGCUUGCAGCGCUAGUAGAGUCAGAGCCCUAUCUCGUUUUGCUCGAGUUUGUGCAGUAUGGCGACUUGCGCAAGCUGCUGCAAAAGUCCAAGCUUUACUCCCUCUGGUGGACACAAAACGAGCAAAUUCACACCAUUCGCCAGAUUGCGCUGGGCAUGGAGUAUCUUGGCACGCUCAACUUUGUACAUCGUGACCUCACAGCACGCAACUGUCUUGUGGGGCAAGGAAUGGCGGUCAAGAUAACCGACUUCGGGUUGUCUCGCAAACUCGUCUCUGAUGAUGAUUGCGAUCGUAUGCAAACGCUCGGCAAACUUCCUGUAAAGUGGAUGGCGCCAGAAACAAUGACAUACCGAAAGUGCUCGUCCAUGGCGAAUGUGUGGUCGUUCGGGGUAACAGCCUGGGAAUGCUUUAGUUAUGGUGCAACGCCGUACGGCACGAUGAAAGCCAUGGAGACUCUGGCUCAUGUGGAGGCUGGGGGUCGACUGCCCAUGCCAGAGCACUGUACAGCGGAGCUGUUUAGCCUGAUGCUCAGCUGCUGGGACAUGUCGCCUGAGAAACGACCGACCUUUGCCCAGCUUGUCAAAGCUCUGACAGCCCUUCAGGAUGGGACGACGAUUCGCGAAAUCGGUGCAAUGCUGUGAAAGUGCAGAUGUGUUUCUUGGUGCACGGUGCUUCUUGGUCGCGCUGUGAUUCUCAUUACACCCCAACCCAUUUCU